CGGGGGCAACUCGUCAGCUCAACACGCGUGUUCUUCGCUCUGUGAUGAGGUGGUCGUGUUAUGGCGUCUUGCUGCACUGAACCCGGCUCUGGCUCCGCACGAGAGAGACACCUUACACGAGCAAUUCACGCAGUGGCACAUGAAAGUUCUCGACAAAGUGGCGAAAAACCGCAACAACCACAUGGGCAGUUCUUCGCAUACGAGACACGCGUCGCGCGCCCAUUCCCAUCCUCCAUACAUCAACGGAAUCAGCGAGAACGAAGUGUUUCCCGGAUUCCACCCCGCUAUGGAAGCUUGCUUCCUGGAAUGGGACGACUAUCAGAUCCCGGGAGUGACUUACACUAAAGACUUGAACCCUCUGUAUCACAGCCCCUUCACUAUCUUUCGACAUUCGGAUAAGCAAAAUGAUGCGCAUCAGGUGAACUCCUCAAAAGCAGUUUUGAACAAUGAAAUGUCCCUGAGCUACCGACUCACGAAUCCUGACCCAUCGAUGCAAGGACACCGCACGCUGGUAAACAGGAACAGUAGAAUCAACGUCGACCUGGCCAUUCCAGGGCCUUCAAGUCAACCUUGUGGCUCUGGAGAAGGACCAAGCGAACCGAAUCGCGAUUCAGGACCCAGUGAUGGAAAUCAUUCGAGUGUUUCAUCUGAAGGUUUCUGCGAAAACGAGGAAGAAAUACUGCAGCAAAGCGGCGGCGACACCGAUUCUCAGGAAUCAAGUUCCCCGCCCGUGUCAUCGGACGACGCCCAGCGAAGGGUGUCCAACGACGACUCGGUGUCUGACGACGAGUGUAAUAUCUACUUUUACGAUUCCGCGGCCGCCAGGAGAGCGGUCGUUGGCGAAGGUUCCGGUGCUAUGGGUCCCGGCACAAGCGGCGCGGGUCCAUCGUCUGGCGUCACGGGAGCUGGUAGCUGGGAAUGCAUGUGGGAGGUGUCGUUCGCCCGCGCCGAAGGAUUGCAAGCCCAUGGACAUUUGAGAGAGGCUUGCGCUUUGGGCGCUAGGCUGGCGAGAGAGUUGUUGGCUAGGCCUCCAGCGUUGGGAGCAGUGGCUUCCAUCCCACCUCACGACCCCAGAAAGCCUCGGCGACGUCAUACGCCUUCACCGAGGCUCUGCGCCGCGAGUCACAGGCUGUCGUGCUUGGCGUCUGCCACAUUGGCGAAGUGCGCUUUCCUUUGCACGGUGUUAGCAGAGUUCAGCGAACACCAUGAACUAGCUUUCCGCGUGGGUCUGUUCGCGUUAGAAAUGGCGCGGCCACCGGCCAGCACCAAGGCUUUGGAGGUGAAGCUCAACAACCAAGAGACUGAGCUGGUCGCGCUGCUGAAGAAACUGCCGACUGGCGCCGAACAACUGGCACUGGCCAGGGAGAAGGCUGAGCAACUCAGGGAUGGGGCUUUGAGAAACCGAGGGCCAGCUUUGCUGCCUAUUGCGUUGGCCAGUUUCCUAUUUGACGUGCUGGCGUUAUCAGCGACUGACAAAGAAAAUAAACAUCCAUCAAGAAUGCCAACCGACGAAGCGUUAGGUUUCGAAGCGGCAGUAGCGGCUUUAGGACUAAAGGCUAACGUGUCGGAGGCAGAUCAUCCUCUGCUAUGUGAGGGUACGAGAAGACAGCGAGGGGAGUUAGCGCUUACCCUGUUGUCGUUCUACAAAGACGACCCAGUGAAACUGGCCAGGAUUAUGAACAAGUUACUAGACCGCGAAAUCCACCAGCUGACCAAAGGUCCGAUGGUCAGCAUGUAUUACACGAACAACCCGCGACUUGCUGCGUAUAGAGCGGACACUUCGUCUAACUCCAACGCGUACCCAAGUCAUCCCGCGCCGUAUAUGCCAUCACAGCCGCCCUGCGCUCUUGUGUCUGAUAUGGAGCGUAUGGUGGUGUCAGACGGUGGACCGUCGCCACCGGCGCACCCGCAUUCGUCCCACGCUCCUCACGGGGCCCAUGCCAGUCACAGUGGCCACGUUAGCCACACUGGCCAUGCAAGCCACACUAGCCACAGUGGCCACUCUUCGCACCCGCCGCCUACUCACCCCCCGUUAGUCAGGCCGAAGGAUUCUAGAUACAAAGGCAAGAGACUCUACCCGUCAGUGCCAAAUCAGCCGUCAGAAGCGUCCGCGCACUUUAUGUUCGAGUUAGCAAAGUCAGUGCUGUUCAAAGCUGGAGGCUCGUCCAGUACAAGCCUGUUCACGCAGACCUCUUGCGCGAGGGAGCAUCAUGGACCUCACAGAGGAUUGCACAUGGCUGCCUUCCAGUUAGGCCUAUACGCCCUCGGUCUACACAACUGUGUUAGCGCGAACUGGCUCAGCCGUACAUAUUCCUCGCACGUCAGUUGGAUUACCGGACAAGCGAUGGAUAUUGGAGCGCCAGCGAUAUUAUUCCUUAUCGACGCCUGGGAAGGUCACUUGACUCCUCCUGAAGCUGCGGGAAUUGCAGACAAGGCGUCAUCAGGCCGCGACGUUCACACGGUUCGCGCGGCGGCCGAACUAGCGUUGUCAGUGUUACCGCACGCGCACGCGCUCAACUACAAUGAAAUACAACGCGCGGUGCUGCAGUGUAAAGAGCAGAGCGACGCUAUGCUAGAACGGGCCUGUCUUACAGUCGAGGCCGCUGCUAAAGGUGGCGGAGUGUACCCCGAAGUAUUAUACACCGUAGCCCGAUACUGGCACGAGUUAUACCUACGACAAUCAAAUGAAGAACAGACGGAGCCAUUACUAGAAGAGCCGCGGUACCAGGCGGCGCCGCCGCCUGUGGCUGUACCCGUUCCGUACCCAUUGGCGUACCCUUUCACGUACCACCCGUACCCGCCGCCGAUUUAUCAGCUGCAGUACGGCGCUCCGGCGCCCGCGCCGCAUCCGGGCGCGCAGUACGCGCUGCCGCCAUACUUCGUGCGCGGGCUCGUGGCGCCGCAUCCCGCGCACGCGCCGCACGCGCCACACGCGCCUCAUCUACCGCACCCGCAGCCUAUAGCCGUCAACGUCAAUGUCAACCACGCAGUGCCAAUCCCGCCACCGAUGCCGGCGCCGCAGCACCAGGUGAACGCGGUGGCCCCCCUGCCCCCCGGCGUGGGUGCGGGCGUGCCCCCCGCGCCCGUGGGCCCCGCGCCCGCCGCCCCCGCGCCCCCCGCGCUGCCGCAGGCGCAGCUGAGGCGACUAUUAGCGGCGUACAGAGUGGGGAUGCUGGCGUUGGAGACGCAAGCCAGAAGGGUGCACGAUGACCGUCCACAGAAUAAGUUUGGAAGAAACCCUCCAUACGGAGAGCACGUGAAAUGGCUGCUCCGCAUAUCAAAACGUCUGGGCGCGCAAUAUCUGCACCAGUUCUGCGUUUGCGCCGUCAACUCCGUCGUGUCUCCCUUCGUGCUAUACGAGCUGUGCGUGGAGUCGGCCCACUGGCUGGCCAGAGGUGGUCCCCACCAUCUAGUGAUGCAACACUUGCGGGGUACACUGGCACCCCUAGUGCAGAAGUGCCAACAGAUGUACAUCCAAUGUAUCCACCAGAAGUUGUACCACUUGACAUCAGUGGAAUACGAAGAGUUCGUGAGCAUAGUUCUGUCGGCGCGCACGGCGUUCCAACUCACGCCAGAGGGAAACACCCAGUUCAAGGAGUGGCUGGCUUCGCUGCGCAGAUCAAAGUCCUGCAAAAAAGACCUGUGGACUCAACUGAACGCGGCGCUCCAAACGAACGGCAAAUGACGUCGGCAGCCGAUAGUUUGUAUGGUGCGGUGUACCGCGCGCAAACUGUCACAUUGCAUCGGCCACCGCCGGCCGCAAUACCGGCUCCUGUAUCAGCUGCACACUAUCUAACUAUACUACACGCUGUGUUAUUUGUGACUCGAGCACACGUCCCGUUCCCACCCAGAACGAGACAUAUCCAAGCGGGAGACGCGUGUGGGACCGAUUUGAUUUUGAACAAUCAAAUUGAACACUCACGUACACGAUGUACUUAAUUUUCACUCGAAUCACAAAUGGCAUGCGCAUUUACGCAUUAACCUGAUUUAUUAACGAAUUACGUCUCUUAGCAUAACACUCGAUUAGAGGGCGAUCGAUCUCAAUAAAAAACCGACGGACCUUAUGGUUAUUAUGAAAAUAAAUGUUGCUAACUCCGCAAUGUAGCGAUUAUCUGGUUACAUUGUUUGAAAAUUUAUCUAAAAGUUGCGAGCUGCGAAUGAAGGUGAAGUAAUAUUUUCAAAAGGAUGUCGUCUAACGCAUAUUCAUUCGAGAUCUCAUAUUUGUAAAUAUGUGUGUUAAUCAUCCUGUCGUUUGAAUUGUCCCUAUUAUAAAGACUUCCUAUCGCUAUCAAGGAUAUGAAGCUCAUGUUGACGGUUGUGCAUUAAAUAGUUGGUUGUAAUUGAAUACUAUUGUGUGGCAGAAAAUGGACCAUCACUGUUUUACCUUAAAGGGAGUUUAGCAACAUUUCGCUUGUUUUAAAUGUAAUGCAAUGUAAUCGAUACUUGACUAUGGCACAUCCAGAAAGGAGUUUUCAUUUAGCUGUCAUUAUUGACUGUUGGCUAUGCUAUACUGAAUUAUAUUAUUUACAUUGCACAAAUCGAAAGUCUUGUAAGUUUUUGUCCACAAACCUAAUUAUAUUUUGAAUUUUGCUAUAAUGACUUGACACACUGAACUGUAAACUAGUCAAUAGUUUGAGGAUCUGUCAUGGGUGAACCAUAGUGUUUCAUUACUGCAGUUUUUAGUUUCUUUCUUGUAAUAGUGUAAUGUAAGCUGCUCGUUUGAUUUUAAUAUCUUCUGCUGUGUUGUGAGUUUGAAUUGCAUAUUUUUUAUCUGUAUUUCUGCCGAAGAUAUUAAAUGAUAACAAGUUUCUAUUUAAAAUGUUAAUCAUUACCGGACACUUAAAAUAAUUUAGUCUAAAAUUGUUCUGUAAUUUUAUGUCUGCGUCAUAAUUUCAUAGCGUUUGAUUUAAUUCAGUUAUGGUUAACAUUUUGUUCUUCUUUAGUUAAUGUAGCGUAUCGGCAAACAAUUGUUCCACAAAAUAAAGGACCUUCGUUUAUAAUACAAAUUCAUUUCAAAUGCGAACUAAAUUCACAUCUUUAAAUCUACAUAACAAUAAAAUCAAGCUAUUUUGCACAACAUACAACAGUUGUUUGCCAAGAAACGCUAAUCAGUGUCUAUUUAGCGAAUUGUUUUAAAGAUCUCUGUCAUUAUAUGGUUAAGCGUUUAGAGUAUGAACUUCGCUCAUUGUAUUCGCCUUAUUAUUUUUUUAGUUUAAUUCAACGCUAUAAUUAAUUAUUUUCCGGAGUAUGUUGAGCAAAAUGUCUUUAUAUUUACGAAAAAUAUCUUACAAAUUGUAUCGUAUUUUAAAAUGAUAUGCGUGGAAUGGCGAGCGCACUAGAUUUAAUGUUUGAAAUGUGCUUAUUGCUAACAAGUUUAAUGGUUGGUUGGAUUAUUAAUAUAAAGUCUCUUAUAGCAAUAAUAAUGUCUCUAGAUUUACUGUUAUGUGUUAGCACCUCGGACAUGUCAUAAAUUGAUAAGAAUAAAACUAAAACAAUAUUGGAUAUGACAUAAAACUAUUUAUCUGGAAAUGACAUUUAAAAAAUUCAAAUUGUAUAACAAUAGUCCAUAUUAUAUUGAUGAUUGGCUUAAGAUGUUUCAAGUGACCUAAAAAUUAAAUAGCGUCAUUAGACUACAGAAUAUUAGACAGAAUGUAGACGAUAACCGUCGAUACACUAUUUUUGAUAUUCUCUUGUCGAAAUUUGCAGUUUCACGAUUGUUUAUGUAAUAAUGACGUCUUGUGUAAUUUAGAAGUGCGUUUGAUUAAACUAUAUUAACUUUAUUUACACGUUUAUAUUAUAUUAUUAUAUUGUAAUGCAAAGUAGAGUCUUGAGAGCCUUUGGAUUAGACAUAAUAUAGGGCGAUGGAGCUGGCAACAAAAAGGCAGGCCCGUGAUGUUUGAAGAAGUUAACGGUUUGUUAUGUAACCUAACGACGAUAAAUAAAUAUGUUAACCUAUUUUUGUUAUUGAGGUCAUUGAUUGGUAACAUGUAACUAAUUAAGCAUUUGCUGAGCUCCAAUUAGCUUCAGGAUGCGCUUAUCGCUAAGAAAUUCGUAAUAGUCUUCAUUUAAAUUGCACAAACGCUGUUGUUCUUCGGGCCUAGAACUGAACUGUCAUUUCAUAGUCAGAUUCACAACGAUUAGUAGAAAUAAAACUUUACGAACAAAUCUACGCCAUUUAAUAUUAAUUAAUAUAUCUAGAGUCUCUAAUUAUCGAAAUAUAGUAAUGUAAUAAGCUCUUCCAACCGUAAAGCAAUAUUAAUAUAUCAUUUUAUAAAUGUAUUUUAUAACAAUUUAAUCUUAUUUAUAUAAAAUUAUCAAUUUUGACAGUAUUUAAUCGUCGUGUUAUACAUAUACUUGGGUGUAUAAUAGUAUUAUAUUAAAUGAGGUAUUCAAAGGUUAUGUAUUUACAAUCAGUAUACAAAAUAUAUUUAUUGUGCGCUGGGGGAACUGUGGAAAUAAUAUUUACAAAUUCAAGGAAGACACUCGGCAAUUCGUAUUCUGAAACGUAAAAUGCGUGUGAAUGUAGCAGUUGCUUAACUGAGUCACCCGAAAAAUUAGAAAUGUCAUAUUAUGUGCCCUAAAGCGUAUUAUCGUGCCUGUUUUAUGUCAGUAGCAGUACAGACAGUGCACCCACUUUGUGCCUUUACACUUAAUAUUAAACUUGCAAUCAUAAAAUGCCCGUUAGGACACAAGCGAAACAUUUUAUGCUAAUUGAUUCAAAUGUUCCAAAUCUGACCCUCUGAAGUUGAAGAUUUAAGGAUACAAAUUGAUGCUAGUAGAUCUAAUCACAAUGAAUAACAGCGAAGUUUCAAAUUAACUAGAGACUGCUUUGCUGUUUGCUUGUAUCACUAGUAAUUUCGAUAUUCUGAUGAAUUCUUCUAAUAAGCUGUUUAGCAAACUAAUAAAGAUAAUUAUUUCUUCUAUCCCUCCCUCUACUUACGUAGGGUUUCAGAGUUACCUCUAAAUCUAAACCUGUUUACCAGUUCUUCCUUAAAGUUUGUAUUUUUCUCUGAAUCUAAGCAUUUUAACACUAAACUACUUAAUUACUCUACUAAUAAAAGGUUGCGCUAUUUUGGUUGUUAUGAAUAAAAUAUACAUACCAUAUUAGGGUCUAUAAUUAUUAGUAAAUUCGCGUCUGCCAAAUAACUUAAGCUGGAUCAGAAAAAAGAUUAACGGUUAUUCGGAGAUUGCAUCCUAAAGACUGUUUGUCCGAACUCUAGAAACCAUACAGCGAGCAAGAAUAUUAGACACGUGUAUAAGGUAAUAUAAUAUAAUAUAAUAUACAAGAAAUUAUAUACCUCUAGCUAGCUUAGAAUAGGCAAGAUCAAAAGACAUUGUUCUUAUCGACCCACAAAAAACCUGACAUUGAAAUGAUUAUUUUGUUGCCAGUCAAUCGCCGAGUAGUUUUAGUUUAAUAUCUUUAUAAAUUAGAUGUUAACGUGCAUUCAUUCAAGUGUGGAUGCUCUCAGCAUUCAGUAGAUAGUAAAUUUUAGAAUGCUAGUUAGAAUAAAUUGACGUUCGUGAAAAUUUGAAAAAAAAAAGCUAACAAUAUUAUAUUAUUAUUUUAUUUUGAUUGUCGUGUGCGUUCUGCACUUGGUUGAAUAGUAUUUAUCAAGUAUUGUCAUUUUAUUGUUCUUGGGCUAUAGUUAUUUACUCGUUUUUUCUUCAGCGCAACAGUAUUCAACUGUUACCGACUCGUUAAUAAUGCGCUUUGAGUUUGAGUUUCCGUAGCGUGUGAGAUCGUCGUGAAGGCAUAGCAAAGUGAACAAAAAGUAAAAUUGCACAGAAAUAUUAAAGUAGAUAUUAGUGCCAUAGAUUCAUUAUAGUUAUUAAUUUAAUAAUUGAAUGAAUUUAUACAAACGAUAGAAUGUUCUAUUUUAAAUUAAAUAUUGGAAAUGUAGUCACGUAGAAUCAUAGUUGUGCUACGUACGUUUGCGACUAUCUCACAAGGUAUAUUGCAAGUUUGGAGUACGCGUCAUUUUGGUGUGAAAUUAUUUUUGUCGUAACGACUUGCCGUCCAUAUUUUACGUUGCAAAUCUAUGUGUACUACUAAGUUCUCAUUCUUCAACGUUUUCCUAUUUAGAUUAUUAAAAUUACACUACAUGGAUAAUGUAUAUUUAAUAUUACAGAAUUUCAUAUUCUUAUUAUGCUCGUUGGGCAUUAUUAACAAUUCCUGGUAUAGUUUGUCAAAAAAGAUUACUUCUUCUCCAUUUUGGCAUUAAAUGAUGCUUUGAAAUUUGUCUCAAAGAACUAUUUUUACACUUUAAAGCAUAUUUAAUAAUAUUAAAAAAAAGAUAAAUAUAUCGUUAGUUUGGUAAUUAUAGGGUGUUAGUACGGAGCAUAUUUUAAUUAGUCGUUUAAUGCAUGUUCAUAGUUGUAUUUCCCAAGUAUCAGACGAUUUUGCGAGGUGUAUUUUAGGUGUUGUCGUAUAUUAAUUUGCUCUUUUGGUAUCACAUAUCAUUGUAUGGAAACAACCAACACUACGCACACAUGUACCAUGGAAUACAAUAGAUUGUUCUAAAUUUUUACCAGGAAUUAUUACACUAAAACACAAUGCAGUCUGAAAAUACUGUGAAGACUGAGACACAAUGUGGAUUAGACAUACAUCAAUAAAAAAAAGUCUCAACGAAAUUACGCGUUAAUGUAAGGCUUCAGUUUUUCUGGCUUAAGAGCCA